CGGGGUUUCUGUUCGUUCUGUUGUCCCAGCGGCGUUGGGAAUGGAUUUGGGAUCUCGCGAUAUUUGGGACUUUGAGUUACAGUCGAAAAUGGCGCCCGUUGUGACGGGGAAGUUCAGUGAGCGAGCUCCACCGCAGCGCCUAACAAGAGAGGCUAUGAGAAACUACCUGAAGGAGAGGGGAGACCAGACCUUACUCAUACUACACGCUAAAGUUGCACAGAAGUCUUACGGCAAUGAGAAGAGGUUUUUCUGCCCCCCUCCCUGUAUCUAUCUGAUGGGCUGUGGCUGGAAGAAGAAGACUGAGGAGAUGGAGAGAGAGGGCUGUUCAGAGCAGGAGGCUCAGCCCUGUGCCUUUAUAGGGAUAGGAAACAGUGACCAGGAGAUGCAGCAGCUCAACAUAGAGGGGAAGGACUUCUGCACAGCUAAGACUCUAUACAUCAGUGACAGUGACAAGAGGAAACACUUCAUGCUGUCAGUCAAGAUGUUCUAUGGUAACAGUACAGACAUAGGAGUGUUCCUUAGUAAAAGGAUCAAGGUUAUCUCUAAACCUUCCAAGAAGAAACAGUCUCUGAAGAACGCUGACCUGUGUAUAGCGUCAGGGACCAAGGUUGCGUUGUUUAACCGGUUGCGUUCUCAGACCGUCAGUACCCGCUAUCUACACGUGGAGGGAGGGAACUUCCACGCCAGUUCACAACAGUGGGGAGCGUUCUACAUACACCUCUUGGAGGAGGAAGAGCCAGAAGGGGAGGAGUUUGCAGUGAGGGAUGGAUACAUCCACUAUGGUCAGACUGUCAAACUGGUCUGUUCUGUCACUGGUAUGGCACUGCCUAGACUGGUGAUCCGUAAGGUGGACAAGCAGACAGCGUUGAUGGAUGCAGACGACCCAGUGUCUCAGCUCCAUAAGUGUUCCUUCUACCUGAAAGACACAGAGAGAAUGUACCUCUGUCUCUCACAGGAGAGAAUCAUUCAGUUCCAGGCCACGCCCUGCCCCAAAGAGCCCAGUAAGGAGAUGAUAAACGAUGGAGCGUCCUGGACCAUCAUCAGUACAGACAAGGCAGAGUACACCUUCUACCAGGGGAUGGGUCCUGUACUCUGUCCUGUUACACCGGUUCCUGUGGUGGAGAGUCUGCAGUUGAAUGGUGGAGGUGAUGUGGCCAUGUUGGAGCUGACAGGACAGAACUUUGCUCCAGAUCUCAGAGUCUGGUUUGGAGAUAUAGAGGCUGACACUAUGUACAGGUGUGGAGAGAGCGUGCUCUGCGUGGUGCCUGACAUCUCUGCCUUCAGAGAGGGGUGGCGCUGGGUCCGUCAGCCCGUCCAGGUCCCCGUCACCUUGGUCCGCAACGACGGAGUCAUCUACUCCACGGCCCUCACCUUCACCUAUACCCCAGAACCAGGCCCUCGCCUUCACUGCAGCGCUGCCGGGGCCAUCCUCCAGGCCCACAGUCACAGUAUCUCAUCCUCACCUUCCUCUUCCUCAGGGAGUCUGGGGAUGGGAGGUUUAGGGGGGUUGGCGGAAGGACAGGCGGGCUACGGGAUUGGCCAAGGGGGAGGGUCAACCAAUAGCGUUGGGUUGUUGUCGGGUUCAUCGGUGAUGUCUGUUUCGUCAUAGCAGCGGGGAAGUGUGUGUAUGAGAGGAUCAUGGACCUGCUUUGGAACCACACACGCUCGCUUGCUCGCUCAAGGACUCUUUGGAAGGAGAGCGAUUGAGUUGAGGAGGAGAAGGGAAGAGAGAUGAGGUUCUGAUGAAAGACAGACCUGGAUGGAGGGGAUCCCCCUCUGGCGCCCCCGUGUGGCCAUUUGUGGACAUGACACUGCAGCCUGGGUCAUUCAGUCUGGGAGAGGUUUCACCUCCAGGAUGACACAAUAACUAGGAGCCCUUUUUAUACAUUUGAUGGAGAACAGUUUUUUUUUUAUUUACAUUUUUUUUUCAACACUCACUCUUUCUACAAAGUUUAGAUUUUUUUUUGGACCACAACAAAGGGCUUGGUAAUGAUGGAAGUAUCACUCGUGUGCAGAGAAACUUCAUUAUUGUUUAUGGGGAAACAUUUAUUAUAGUAACAAUUUUUACGGACCAAGGAAUAUUAUUAUUAUUAUUAUUAUAGUAUUUUAUUCUUUAUGAUAUUUUAUAAGCUUUAGCCGAGGUACAUUUUCAAAUGUUUUUUGUAUUAUAACGUUUUAGGAAGUACACUUUUUGUUACCAAAUAGUUUUUUUUUUUUUCUCUCUCCAUUUGAGAUUGACUAACGUGAUUCAGGCUGCGUCUCAAUCGCCUAAACUGGAUUCCUCCCUUCAAUCAUAUUAGUGUGACUGAGUGAAGCAACCUCAGUGCUUGUGCAAGUCUUAAAGUCUAGAAAAGAUCAGGGUUGUAGUUAUCUGAAUAGGGCUAGAGUUGAACAAGUGAAAACCUACUGCAAGUUUGCAAUCUCCAUCUACCCCAUCUCUUUCACCUUCUCUGUCCUGUCCAGAUAUUAAGGAGAGGAAAUUAGGCUUGGGGUAAAGGGAGGAAGGAAGCCAUUUUAGACGGUUGAGACGCACCCCAUAAUCUCAGCCAGUUUCUACAGAAAUCUUAAAUCUUCCUGGCCAAUCGCCUUAAAUCGAUCAGUGUCUCACCAGACCUUUUUAGAAAAAAAAGAGAAAAAAAAGAUGUACUUUUUUUCUUUCUAUGUUGUGUAUAAGGUUGUCGUUUUCUGAAACUGUAUAAGAGUGUUUGGUCGACACUCGUCAAGCCAAGGCCUGGGAAUGUUUAAUCAUGUCGUUGGUCUGUCUCUCAAAUGACACCUGAUUUCCUAAAUAGUGCACUACUUUUGACCAGGGCCCUCCUAUGGGGGAUCCUAAAUAGGGAUUGGAGUGCCGUUUGUGAUGCAGAAGUUGUUUUUACACUACCGUUCGGCCUCAUUCCCAAAUCGGCUCCUAGCACCUUGCCACUAGUAGACGUUUGUGUAAAUCUGAGGGGAUUGGACAAGUAUUAACAAUAUGGUAGUCACCCCUCUAGCCUUCCAGACUUGGGGUAAUUCAUGCCAUUUUGAUUACUUAGUGCAUACUAUCUAGGAGGACAUUUGCUUACCUAGUGCACACUAUCUAGGGGCUAGGGAUUGGUUUGGGACUGGGCAGAAGUCUUUUUUUAACAAAGAGCUUUAAAAAAUACCACCACUGCCUUUACCUUGUAACACUUCCAACCAGCUCCCCCUCUUAUCUAAUGAAGCCGUAGCAUCAAACAGAAAUCACUUGCGUCGCUAAGCUGAUAGCCCACUACACUGUAAAUUUAAUUAGCCUAAAGCUUCAUUGGAAUUCAAUUGGCUAAGCUAAUGGCUAAUGCUACAAUGUAAUUAUAUGAGUGAAGCUAAGCUGAAGCUAAUGCUACUAUGUAGUUCUAUUAGUGAAGCUAAGCUAACGCUAAGCUACAAUGUAAUUCUAGUAGUGAAGCUAAUGCUAAUAUGUAAUUAAUGUCACUUGGCUACAGCUAAACUUAAUUGAAAUCACGUUGCCUUAAAAACCACUCCCUAGCAAGAGACUGUUUUCUGUCUCACCACUGUGUCUUCUCACAAAGUAGCCUUUUUGUAGCUAAAGUGUUUCACACGUCACAUAUUAGGCCAGAUAGCUAGCCUACCAGUUGGUGUGUUUAUUUUUGUUCAUCAUGAGGGAAUCAUUUUCUAUGUUCACCAUACAACUACAGAGUUUUCCACUGUAGAAAACGUUUAUUGAAAUGAUCGCCACAAUGUGUGUCCCAACUUCUUGGGGUUUGGUCGAUGGACCUGUCACCUGUUGCUACCUGUCAGUCAUUGGUGCUGUACUACAUUGAAAGGGAUGGUUGCUCUGUUACUAUGGGAACAGGUUAUUAUAACGCAUACUGUAAAGUAACUGGGUCUAACUGAUUGAUUUUGUUUGAGUUGUAAAACAGUUUAUUUUUUAUUUUUUUACCGGUAUUCGUCUUGGAUCAAUUCUCGUAGUGCUAUUGUUUUUUUGGUGUUAUUCAUUGAUAAAACCCUGUGGAAGUUAUUAUUUGUCCACCGGUUCUCAAAUACAGGUCACUAAUUUUUGCCUUUUUUGGAAGAAAUUCUCUUUGGUCUGCUCUGCUUUAAUUGUGGUGCCUUGCCCCUUAACAAGUAAGAGGAACAAUAUGACUGUUCUCAAAUCUGUGUUCCCCACCUUAACCAGUAUAAGCUACACAACUACAAACUGGCCUGGGAUCAUUUGUUACAUUAUGAUUUUUCCUCCUUCAUAUUGGUGGUGUCUCUUGGGUCGUAUUCACUAGGAAACUAAACCGAAUCAAACUCUGCAGGAAACUACCUGAACUUGUCUAAAUAAGAAACGCUUGUUUUCGUUUUUCCCAUUUUGAUUUGCUCUAAUGAAUACGACCCUGGCCCAAAACCCCUUUUUGUCCCUUCCCUGUUACAGCUAAACCACUCUUAUUGCCUUAGCUUAGCCCCUGGAGUGAGCCAUCGCUGGUUCUGGUGGGCUGUAGUGUGAAUGCAGGAUUUUGUUCCAGCUCUAACAUACCUAAUUUAAUCUAGCCUAAUCAUGGUCAACAAAUCAAUUCAAGACCAGGAGUAGUGGAUUCAUUUUCAGUUGUGUUAGAGCUGGGUCGGGACAAAACCCUGCACACACAACUCUUAAGAAGAGAGUUGUGUACCCCAGCCUUAUCUAUAGUGUAGAUGAACCUAACACAGAAAUAGCACCACCCUGUGGUUGUCUGGGUUGAGGACACUGAUCUGAUGCCUCAUUCACACUAAAUGGAGGCGUAUAUCAGUCCAGUACAGCUCGGGUUUGGCCCUAUAGUUGUGAAUCAAGUGUUUUGCUUUCCUGAGAACUGAAACGAUAACCAAUACUCUCUUAACAUGCCAAAUGAAUUAACUUUUCCCUUGUUUUAACUUAGUGUCUGCAUCUGAACGGGGACCCUAUUCCAUAUAUAGGUCACUACCUACAGAGCCUGAUCAAAAGUAUCACUGUGUAGGGAAUAGGUUGCCAGUUCAGACAAAGACAGUGUUUUUCAUGCUUUUGGACCUCAAGACAGGCAGCUUUUUUAAAACCACAUAAAAAAAAAGGCAAAAUAAAUAAAAUGCAUUGAGUUUUUUUUUUUUAAUUUCUCUGAAGAAAAGGUCUAUGCCUUCAGCUCUCUUGGUUGAGAGGGUCACUAAAAAGGCAGGUCUGACGACAGUGUUGGCAAAAGAAAAGGUCAAUAAAUACAAUUUGGGAGUUG